AUGAGUGAAGGAUAUGCUGUCAAAGUUCCAACUGAAGAUAAGGAGCAUGUGGAUGGCAAGGUUUGUUCACUUGUGGGUACACUACUGAGAUUCAGACAAGAGGAGAUUGCAGUGAUGGGAGACAUAGACAAUAUGUUUUACCAAGUUUGUGUACCAAAACAAGAUGCAAGCUUCCUCAGAUUUCUAUGGUGGGAAGAUGGAGACACAAAUAAGAAGAUCGUAGAGUAUCAGAUGGUAGUUCACUUGUUUGGCGCAUCAUCAUCGCCUAGUUGUGCUAAUUAUGCUCUUAGAAAAACUGCUAGAGAUUCUGAAGGACUCUUUGAUUCCGAGAUUAUCAAUACCGUGUUUAAGAACUUUUAUGUAGAUGACUGUCUAAAGUCCAUAAAGACUGUUGAUAAUGCUACUGGCUUAAUCAAGGAUGUACAAAGACUUCUUACUCGAGGAGGAUUUCACAUUUCAAAGUGGAUAAGCAAUAACAGAGAUGUUAUGAUGUCAAUUCCAAUCUCAGAGAGAGCAAAAGAAGUCAAGGGCCUAGACUUGGAUUAUGAUGCACUACCGAUAGAAAGAGCCUUAGGAGUUCAGUGGUGUGUGGAAUCAGAUGUGUUCUGUUUCAACAUAGAAGUUAAUAAGAAACCCCUUACAAGAAGAGGAAUCCUAUCCAUGAUAAGUAGUGUUUUUGAUCCCUGGUUUUGUGACUUACAGAAAUUAUCGGAAUUUAAAAUAGACAGAUGUGUUAAACCUAUUGGAUUCGGAACAGUAUGUUUUGCCCAACUACACCAUUUUGCGGACGCUAGUGAACUUGGCUAUGGGACUGUUUCUUAUCUGCGAUUGGAAAAUGUAAACAACGAUGUCCAUUGUUCUUUCAUAAUGGGCAAGUCGCGUGUGGCUCCUUUGAAGCAAACAAGUAUCCCAAGAUUAGAAAUGACAGCAGCAACAGUUGCCGUGCGUACCAAUAAAAUGUUGAAAGUAGAAUUAGACAUUCCUAUAGAUGAAACUGUAUUUUGGACAGACAGUAUGGCUGAGUUACGUUACAUAAGAAACAAAACAUCAAGAUUUCACACGUUUGUAGCUAACAGACUUGCUGUUAUUCAUGAAGGAUCAACGCCACAAGAAUGGAGAUAUAUCAACACUAAACUCAAUCCUGCAGAUCAUGCAUCAAGAGGACUUUCAGCAAAGGAAAUAGUGCAACAUGGACGCUGGAUCCAAGCUCCAGAAUUUUUAAGGAAUUCUGAUUAUUGGCCAGAAACUCCUACAGAAAAUUUGCGUGAAACACUAGAUGAUGAUCCAGAAGUAAAAAAAGUGUCAGUGAGAGCAAUAUUAGCUGAUGUACCCAAGGCAGAACCAAGCGUUGAACUGAUGGGUGUUGAGAAACUUAUCAACUAUCAUUCUUCUUGGUAUAUGCUACGAAAAAGUGUUGCAUGGAUUUUGAAGAUCCGUACUGAAUUACUCCGUCGUAUUCAACAAAAUAAACUUGCAAAUAGUGACAACCUAUCGCCUAAUGAAAAGGUUAGAUCUACACCAGAUGACUCAGGACACAUUUCGCUUCAGGAUUUACAGAAAGCUGAAAUCACCAUUUUGUGUUAUGUACAACAUCAAACAUUCUGUGAUGAACUGAGUACUCUUGCAGAAGGAAAUACACAUGUGAAGCGAAACAGUUAUGUACGAAAACUUGACCCAGUUUUGGAUGAAGACGGACUUUUACGGGUAGGAGGACGACUUCAGCGAGCCAAUAUGCCGACUGAAUGUAAACAUCCAUUUAUCUUACCCAAGAACCAUCACAUUUCAACUCUGAUUCUCAGACAAAUUCAUGAAGACUUGAAACACAGCGAUAAAAACCAUAUGAUGGCAGUUUUAAGGGAGAAGUAUUGGCUUGUUCAUGCAGCUUCAGCAAUACGAAAACUUAUUUCAAAGUGCACGAUAUGUCGUCGUCAAGGAUCAAGUGUUGGAGAACAAAAGAUGGCCAAUUUACCAGAAGAUAGACUGAUCCCAGAUGAACCACCAUUCACCAGAAGAAAUAUCGACUGGAAAUUUAAUCCACCUGCAGGAUCUCAUCAUGGAGGUGUAUGGGAAAGAAUCAUACGAUCCGUAAGAAAGGUCCUGAAUAAUGUACUGAGAGAACAAGUUUUGGAUGACGAAGGAAUUCAUACCUUGAUGUGCGAGAUCGAGUCUAUUUUGAAUGGACGGCCUAUUACCAGAUGUUCAGAUCAACAUGUUGACUUAGAGGCUUUAACACCAAAUCACUUACUGUUAAUGAAAACAAAACCUAACUUACCUCCUGGUGUCUUUGUGAAAGAACACAACUAUUGUAGACGACGCUGGAAACAAAUUCAAUACAUGGCAAACCUUUUCUGGAAACGCUGGACACGCGAAUAUUUACCAUUACUUCAAGAGAGACAUAAAUGGUUUGAAGAGAAAAGAAACUUCAAAGUGGGUGAUGUCGUUCUGGUUGUCGAUUCUAAUGCUCCGAGAAAUUCGUGGCCCAUGGGAAUUAUUGAAGAAACUUUACCAGAUGACAAAGGUUUCUUGCGUCAGGUGAGAGUUAAAACUUCUACAAACAAUUUGAUCCGUCCUGUAGAUAAAUUAUGUCUUAUCCUAGAAAUGGAUUAA